CACAGUGUAAACAUGGCGAGCCUGGCAGAUGUCGGCUGGAAACUCCUGGAAUUCAAAGCCCGAUCAAAAAGAUCAGAUUUGUGAUUUAGCUGAGAGAGACGAUUGGCCUUAAUAUCACCUUUUGAGAAUGGCCGCUUCAGUGGCCCCGAGUGCCCAGCCUCAUCGGAAAGUACACAGACUUGGUUCCAUCUAUGAACCUCUCAAACUGUCCAACCUCCAGCGUGAGGAUGAGCCCCUAUGGGAGAAGCUGGACCGCUAUUACAAUGCCGUCAAGACGACCAUUCUGAACCACCAGAGUCCAACCACUGGCCUGUUCCCGGUCAAAUCAUGCUCCACCUGCAAGGAGGCCAAGAUCCGGGACUCCCUGUACUGUGCUGCCAGUGCCUGGGCCCUGUCCAUGGCCUACCGGCGCAUUGAUGACGAUAUGGGGCGAACCCACGAAUUGGAGCAUUCCGCCGUCAAGUGCAUGAGAGGGAUCCUCUACUGCUACAUGAGACAGGCUGAUAAGGUGGAGCAGUUUAAACAGGAUCCCAGCCCCUCCAAGUGUCUGCACUCGGUGUUCGACGUAGUCACCGGUGACGAGGUGCACUCCUACAGCGACUACCACCACCUGCAGAUCGAUGCCGUUUCCCUGUUUUUGCUGUACCUGGUGGAGAUGAUCUGCUCCGGUCUGCAAAUCAUUUACAACACUGAUGAGGUCUCCUUCAUUCAGAACCUGGUGUUCUGUGUGGAAAGAGCCUACAGGGUGCCUGACUACGGCAUGUGGGAGAGAGGCAGCAAAUACAACAACGGCAGCACUGAGCUGCAUUCCAGCUCUGUGGGCUUGGCUAAAGCUGCUCUGGAGGCCAUCAAUGGAUUCAACCUGUUUGGAAACCAGGGCUGCUCAUGGUCGGUGAUAUUUGUGGAUCUGGACGCCCACAACAGGAACAGGCAAACCCUCUCCUCCUUACUGCCCCGAGAGUCUCGCUCACAUAACACAGAUGCAGCCUUGCUUCCCACCAUCAGCUAUCCUGCCUUUGCAGUAGAUGACGAUGCCCUCUACAGUCAGACACUAGACAAGAUUGUCCGCAAGCUGCGGGGCAAAUACGGCUUCAAACGUUUCCUCCGCGAUGGCUACCGCACCGCUAACGAAGACAAGGAUCGCCGCUUCUACAAACCUGCUGAAAUGAAGCUUUUUGAUGGGAUCGAGUGCGAGUUUCCCAUAUUUUUCAUCUACAUGAUGAUUGACGGGGUGUUCAGAGGAAAUAGUGCUCAGGUCAAAGAAUACCAGGACCUCCUUGAACCCAUCAUCUUCCAGUCUUAUGAGGGCCAUGCUGUGAUCCCCAAAUACUACUACGUACCGGCUGACUUUGUGGAGGCGGAGCAGAACAAGCACGGGAGCCAGAAGCGUUUCCCUAGCAACUCUGGUCGUGAUGGGAUGGUCUUCCUGUGUGGUCAGGCCCUUUACAACAUCGCAAGGCUUCUGGUGGAUGAGCUGAUCAGCCCCAAAGACAUUGAUCCCAUCCACCGCUACGUUCCCCACAAGGACCAGCGCAACGUCAGCAUGCGAUACUCCAAUCAGGGUCCCAUAGAGAACGAUGUGGUGAUUCACGUGGCCCUGAUAGCAGAGAGCCAGAGACUUCAGGUGUUUUUGAACACCUACGGCAUUCAGACCCAGACGCCCCAGCAGGUGGAGCCCAUCCAGAUCUGGCCUCAGAAGGAACUAGUCAAGGCGUACCGUUUCCUCGCCGUCAAUAAAAAGCUGGGGUUGAGUGGGCGUCCGGACAGGCCAGUGGGCUGCAUCGGGACCUGCAAGAUUUAUCGGAUCCUGGGCAAGACGGUGGUGUGCUACCCAAUAGUGUUUGAUCUAAGUGACUUUUACUUGUCCCAGGAUGUCAUGCUACUGAUUGAUGACAUUAAGAACGCCCUGCAGUUCAUCAAACAGUGCUGGAAGAUGCAGGGACGUCCACUCUUCCUGGUUCUCAUCCGGGAGGAUAACAUCAAGGGGAGCCGCUUCAACCCAGUCCUGGACAUGCUGGCCUCGUUCAAGAAAGGCAACAUCGGAGGGGUCAAAGUUCAUGUCGACAGACUCCAGACUCUGAUAUCUGGUGCAGUGGUGGAGCAGCUGGACUUCCUGCGUGUCAAUGAGGCAGAGAUUCCAGAGUUUAAGAGCUUUGAGGAGCUGGAGCUGCCUAAGCACUCCAAGGUGAAGAGACAGAUGAGCACACCCAACGUCUCAGAGCUGGAGCAGCAGCCAGAGAUCAAUGUGGAGGAGUGGCUGCAGAAGCCCACCCAUGAAAUCAUCCACAAGUUCCACGAUUGCGACUGCUUGGCCAGUCAGGCUCAGCUGGCAGUCAUCCUUCUGAGAAGAGAAGGACCAGACUUCCUCGCCAAAGAUGAGAACCUGAAUGAUGAACUGGAGAGAAUCUACAGAAGAGCUGGCAGCAGAAAGCUUUGGUCUGUUGUCCGUCUCGCUGCCAGUCUCUUAACUAAGCUAGUGGACAGCCUUGCCCCCAGUAUUACUAGUGUUUUAGUGCAUGGCAAGCAGGUGACCCUCGGCCUAUUCGGGCAAGAGGAAGAGGUGAUCUCCAACCCGCUGUCGCCAGGUGUGAUCCAGGGCAUCAUCUACAGCAAGUGCUCCCCUCAAGGUGGGGAGCGGGAGGCCGUGCUUCAGCAGGAGCUGGUCAUUCACAUCGGAUGGAUUAUCUCCAACAACCCAGAGCUGUUCAGCGGCAUGCUCAAGAUCAGAGUCGGAUGGAUUGUCCAGGCCAUGAAACAUGAGCUGAAGAUCAGGGCGGGAGACAUGCCACCCCAGGACAUCUACCAGCUCUCCCCCAGCGACAUCAAGCAGCUCCUGCUGGACGUCCUGCAGCCUCAACACACCGGCAGGUCUUGGCUGAACAGGCGUCAGAUCGAUGGCUCCCUGAACAGGACCCCUCUGGGCUUUUAUGAUCGUGUGUGGCAGAUCCUUGAAAGGACCCCCAACGGUUUUAUGGUGGCUGGGACUCACCUCCCACAGCAACCGACACUAUCUGACAUGACCAUGUAUGAGAUGAACUUCUCCCUGCUAGUGGAGGACACGCUGAAGAACAUCGUCCUGCCUGAGUACAGACAAAUCAUAGUAGAGUUGCUGAUGGUGGUGUCCAUAGUGCUGGAGAGAAACCCGGAGCUGGAGUUCGGCGACAAGGUGGAUCUGGACGGCCUGGUGAAGGAAGCUUUUAACGAUUUCCAGAAGGAUCGUGGUAGCUCCGAGGGCAAAGAGAAACAGAAUGACAUGGAGGCCUUUUACAACACACCACCUGUGGGUAAGAGAGGCACCUCCAGCUACCUGACCAAGGCAGUCAUGAUCCUGUUACUGCAAGGGGAUUUCAAGCCCUGCAAGGACGACCCCUGCUCCGUUAGCUAGAUUUGCAAUGCUUUGACCCCUAAGCCCGGCCUGCUUCAGUGUAGUCAUCAAACGCUCCGGCAAGGGCUUCUGAGUGUCCAUCACAUGUAUUCAGUAGAUAACCUCUCACCUCUCCAAUCCUCCCUUUGACAGGACUCUGCCUGCUCCGGCAAGCUACAUUUUUCAUGGACUUUGGUCUCAACAGCAAUACAAGCUGUAAGCAGAAGCCUCAGAUGGCAUAGAUUAGCAUAUCUGCAGUUUACUCCAGUGAUACAUCCACCGGUCCUGUAUACGAUGAAAACGAAUGUUGAUAAUUGGGGGAAAUACUAACAAUAUCACCAGGGCCUUGUUUCUUUUAUCUCCACGUGUUUUUGUUCUGUAUCCCAACUGUACUGUGAAAAAAUGUAUCAGAGUUACACUGAAUUUGUUCUAGUUAUUUAUUACCAUUGGUGGCUAGUUGUGUCAAAUGCCACUUAACUAGCUAGUGUUGCCACAUACUGUAAGUGACUAGCUGUUCUCUUAUUCUUUACCUGGAGGCCGUAGGUUAGUUUGUUGGCACUUUGUUCCAAGGCCUACUUUACUAAACAUCCACCAAGUGUGAGCACCUAGACCCCUGCUUAACCUUUACACUUCUUGUUGUUACCAGAACAAUUACAGAAAAGUCACCAUAGGCGGCUAGCUAUGUAUGUCAACGUUGCACAUAGCCACCUAUCUACUGUUAUCAUGCCCUUUCUCCAAUGAUAAGUAUUUCCCCUAAAACCAUCAAAAUAAAAACAAACUGAAAGAAUUAUCCUAUCGUAGCUUAGCAUAAAACUCAAUGGGGGAACAGCUAGCCUGAAUAUGUAAAAAGGUAUGCUAAUCUAAGCUAACAGGCUGCUGGCUGCAGCUCCAUAUUUAGCCCACAGGACGUGAGAUUGGUAUCAAUCUCCUCAUCUUAUUCUCUAUAAUGAAAGGAAUCAGCGUUUUUCAGAGAAUGAAGAAAUAUUUCCUACAUUUUUGUUUUUGAUUAGAAAUUAAAUUUAAAUGUUUUGUAUUCUGGUUAUUAGGUAUUUAAUGCCAUAAUUAACAAUGAGCUCAGAUGUAAGCUAUACCUCACCAGCAAUAACCUAUAGCUGUUACGUAACAAUUAUUCGGUACAAGGUCUUGUUUUAUAUCGAUAGGUGUGGUUCUCAAAUUAAUGCAUUUGGCUCCCAUGGGUCUUAAAAAUGUGUGAUCUAUCACCAGAUAUAAAAAGUGGAUAUGUCUUCCAUUAUUUCAUACAUGGUCUAUCAGUAUAAAUAUAUAAAUCUUCAUCUGGUUACCCUCAUCUACACAAUGUGUGGGUCUUUAGCAUUAUAAGGUUUGAGAACGAUAUUUUGAUUUUAUAGUGAAUUACUCAGUAUAUUCAGCUGAAGUUAGUCUGUUUGUUCUCCUAUGUUGAGUUUCUCUUAGUGGAACUCUAUGCAUGCACAGUCUGCCGCAUGAACAUGAGUACUGUUUGCCAUAAUCAUCGUGAUGGUUUCUUUGAAUAUUAUAGGCAACAAAAGAGGGUUUCUGAGAAGCCUGUUUUGCACAGUAUGGCUCUGCAUGACAAUGGAUACUGCUCAUCUGUAGUCCUGUCACCGAGGACCCUUUGGUAAAUGCCUGUUGAAUGUGGUCAACAGUAAACACUGCUGUCAUCCUUAGGUGGAAAUUAUAUAAGAUUCACUUUGACUAAUUUUAAAGUGUGCCUCUCUGAAUAUCAUCACCACCCAACCUUGUCACCGUGUGUGGGUGUGUGUGUGUGUGGGUUUUUUUAAUUCAAUGCUGUAGUUUCAAAGAAUAAAGUAAUCCUGGAAACUAGAGACAUUUCCCUGUGUGUCACUUUACAAUCACUGUUGUAUAAACAGUAUAUGUGAAUGUGUAAGAAAAGUGUGUUUUGCAUUAUGCAGCCGCCUCUCCCAUUUCCUUCUACAGUGUAAUUAUGAAAUACAGACAUAAACUUGUUUCACGUGAAGCUAAAAUUUCUUCUUCCUUUACUGAAACUGCAGCGUAAAUGGAGCGUGACUGCUACAGCCCUGAGUGGUGUGUUUGGCAUCGAAUCAGAUCCCACCAGUUACACCCCCUUAUGUUGCCCGAACCCCCCUUAUCAAUCAGCAUCUCACCACUGAGGUUGUGUGCUGUCUGCAACACUGACUAACUGACUG